AUGUCGGACGAUGAAUUCUCAGGCGUGCGAUCGCUGUCGUCGUCGGAAGUCGAGAUGCGACAAGAUCUCGCCCUCGUAAAAGCCGGCAUCGCAUGCAAGUACAGCGAUCGAGCCAGGGACCGCCGCGAGCUGGUGGAGCGACUCCAGCGUCGACUCAAGCAUGCUGAAACUGCAAAUGCCAACUUGAAUGCGAAGCUGGUACAAUCAGGUCUUGCGCCUACUCCCGUCGAGCCUGCGGGGGUCGGCCGGAUGUCCGAUCCGACAGAGGCUGAUCUCGAUGCCGACGAUCUGCCGGGUGAAAGGGAGCGCGGCGACGAGGUUAUGGAGGAAGUGUCGUUCCUGUCGCGCCGGGCGGGAGGAGAGCAUCAUUUCCUGGGCUCGGCCAGUGGAAUUCCCUUUGCUAAUUUGGUUAGCACGACAGUCGAGGUGACUUCGCGGAGUCCGGGGCAGAGAGCGAUAAGUGAAGGACGAACUCACAGACCGGCUGUUGCGUCGUCCAUUCAGUCCACGUCGCCGACGACACUUCCCAUCGAGACUUCGUUUUUGCCCCCAGAGCGGGUCGCUCGUGACCUCCAUCGCGCGUACUUUGACCAUGACCAUCUGUCGUAUCCUUUUCUGCAUCGUGCAUCGGUACUGGCCGCAUUGGAUCGUGCCUAUCAAGAUCCAGUAUUCCUCGAACGAGAUGCCUUCUCGUCUUUUGUCUUUGAUAUGAUCCUGGCUAUCGCCACGGCCAAUGUUCACAAGUUUGAUUUCGAGUCGUUGCCCAAUGCCGAGGGCUAUCGGCUUCGAGCUGGACAGCGAUUGAACGAAGUCUUGCAGCAGGGCAACCUUCCAGCACUUCAAGCGAUUUUGUUACUGGGGCAGUAUCGAAUGAUCAACUCGAUUCAAGAUACGUCAAGUAGUGAGUGUUCCUAA